AAUUGACUGUGCCAAUAUUCUACUUAAUAACCCGAAAGGUUCUCUGCAACAAGAUAAGUUCACAUUGCCGCUUCACGACGUAUCUGUUGAUGUGAAACUAGAGGACACAUCACUACAAUCUGAGGUUAUCUUCAAGCACUAUUUACGAAGGCUAAAAAUCACUGUUCUAGCCGGCAUUCCGAUACUGUCCACGGCCUUUAUCGCAAUGAACCAGCUUACUAUUUCAACCAACUUGAAAAUAACACCAUGAUGCCAAGUGUGAAGGACAACGGCGGGGAUCCACGCUGUCCCAUAAACGGGAAACUUGAAGGUGUGUUCUUCGGGGUGACCCUUUGGAACGGAGGUCUACCAACCAAAUCCCCUUAUGGAAACACCAGAGUAGUGGUUCCCCUGGAGAGACUCUUUGAUGACUCUGCCAGGCUGUACUUCGCCGAUUUCUACUGUAUGCAAGGUCAAAGGAAUAAUCACUAUGUCACAUUAGUCCUCACAGAACCUGAUACUGAAGCUGACCUCUUCUGCAAGCAGCAUCUCAUUCGUUUGAAAAAACGAAAGAACGUGUUUCUGAGGAAAGAAAAGCGCACCUACCAAACUCUCCGGCAGCACAACGUAUGGGUUGAAGUCUUCUAUACAGAUGAAGUGAACAUAUCGGGGCUGAUGCGGUAUCGAACUGGAGUGAUCGGGAGAGGAAGCAGCUCAGGAGAAUAUCUGCGAAAGCUGCUUCGCAAAGCUGAAGAACAUUGCAGUUCAGGCACUUCGGAUAUAGUGUCUACGCUCUACCGCAACAAGCGAACCUCCUAUUUUGAUGACAUCAAGGAAAACUGCAAUAACAUCAUGGAACCUUACCUGAAGGACAAUGGCGGGGAUCCGCGGUGUCCCAUAAACGGAAAACUGAAGGGCCUGUUCUUCAACGUGACACUUGUGAGCGGAAGCAUUCCUGCCAAUUCGCCUUUUGGGGACACGAGAGUGAGAGUGCCACUGAGUGAGGUUUUUGAUGAUUCAGCAAAUCUUUACUUUGCUGACUUCUACUGCAAGCCCUCGAGAAGUAGGCGUGUUCACUACGUUACCUUGGUUCUGACACGUCCCGGUUCAGAUGCAGACAGUUUCUGUCAGCAACACCUGAUCAAGCUUAAUUCGCACGACAACACGUAUUUGAGUAAGACAUUCUUUUCAUACAAGACCCUGGAUCGUGAUGCAGUUCACGUGGAGGUCAUGUACACAGAAGCUGUAGACCUGACUCACCGAUGUCUCACUCUUACUGGUACCUUUGGUCAAGGUCACAGCACACCAGGUGGAAGACCGAAGACGGUUGGUUGUAGCAUCUGCAGUGUCGACGAGACCUUUGAUGGCUAUUUCCUUCAUGAUCUGACGACUACAGAAUAGUAGCGACAAAACCUUGCCCGCAUGAAUAUGAAAUGUCUGCUCAAAGCAGAGACGAUUGUACAAUUCUGACUAUAUUAUGAGUAUGUAUUUGUUUCAGCCGUGUUACAGCUGUACGGUGUAAACAGUCGAGUCUGGACCUGACAAUUGAGCGAUUGACAACAUGUGACACGAUGACAAGCACGUUUUUGUGAAUAACCAUCAAAUAGUGAUACCAAUCAAGAAUAUAGUUUAGGCUAUCAGCUUGUGGUUAUGUGUAAGCUACAACGCUACAACGCUGAAUCUUAUGUGGGGUUCAUGCAGGAUUACUUAUGAUGUGUAAUUUACCCAGCGGCAGUUAUUGCUCAAGCCAUGAAGAAAUAAUUCGGAUAGGCCACUGUGAUGUGGAUAGCCACACAGACUAACAUUCACCAAUUUAAAACUGACGAGAAUCACACGUAUGUGGCUGUUGUAAUGUUGGUCACACAGUAAGUCAUCAUUAAUGACUGUUCAUAUGAUAUUUUAAGGAGGCCUGAAUUUGGCCCAAAACAAGAUUCUUUCAGUUGAUUGUUUGGUUUGUUUACAGGUCGCCGCUGCAUGGCAGGAGUUCUGCCAUACGGCGUGAGGCCAAACAUUCUUCCAUUUUAAAGACGAAUGUUAAUGGCGGGUGCUACCGGUAGGGCAAGACAUGCUUAUCCUUCCGCGAACACCAGGUGUCAUCACUGAUUUUCAGUGAUCCAUUCAAAUAGUUUUCACAGCUAUUUUUCGACGUUCUGUAUUCAAUAAUAUGUUCAACAUCAGCCCGAUGUAUUUACUCGCUGGAUGAGACAAAUGACACAACCAUUGCCACUGGUAUGUCUGAAUACCGCCGUCUUAAACUGCAGACCGCCACCAUGGGAGACCGAUCAGUGAACGAUGAAUGUGUGGCCAUCACGCAGUGGCUAGUGUAGGUUUUGUCACACAUAGAAAUCACUUGGGGUUUAUAGUAUCAAGACAUGCAGUAUUUGCAUUGAAAGGACGAAUAUCUUCACAUUCUAUGUAAAUAAUAUUUGUUUUAUGUCUAAAUAGCAAUAAGUUUUUACUGUUCAUUCCUUUUAUGCCCGCUCUGUUCAUGAUGACACACCUGGCUGAGAUACCAAACUCGAGGUAAAACCCUGAAACCCGUCGCCUUGUGGAUAUGUAGGGGAAUUAUAAAACCGUGGCCAACUUCUUUACCUCAGACGUAUUUAAUAAUAUUUUCUAAAGUUAAACCUGUAUGAAAUAUUUUUCCAGCGUUUAGAAUUUGAUGAAAAGAAACGAUGCGUUAAAUUGUGUUAUAAAGAUGCUAGAAAUGAAAAGACAUAUUUUCAAUAAUAUCCAUGAUUAAGAGUGACCUCGUUUCGAUUUCCAUUAAAUGGAUAAACAAAAUCGCUUUCUGAUGCCAAUUUUGAGUUUCAUACGCCAGUGUAAACCACAAUUAUGCAUUACCUCGCCUCAUUCAUAUAACUUUAUAUAUAUAUAGAUACCACAAGUACAGGUAUAUGUUGAUAUGAUAUUACAAUGUUUACAAUUUACAGGCUUGACGUUUAUAUAGAUGUUUAUAUGUAUGUUUUGCAGUUUUGAUUCUUUAUCGAACAAGGUGAUAUAUUCUUUAAAAUGUUAUUUCAGCAAUUCUAUUUUUAAUAAAAAUUACACAAAAAUGGAAUUGUUUUAAUGUAAUACUUUUAUGGACUGAUUGAUUGCAAUGCUUACGCUGUUUUAGCAUUAUUCACGCAAUAUUCUGCCCAUGGUAUUUGGUUGGAGUUCACCCAUGUAUUCGUCGUGUUGAGAAGGGGACACAGGUGGUCAAAUGGCUGAAAUCGUUGUGCACAGUUGCGUCCCUUCUUCGGCACGCCAAAUCCUAUGGUUGCGGGUUCGAAUCCUAGUUUCCUACGUUUUGGUUUCUUUGUUAACGACAUCCCUGUGCUUGAGAUUUCACCAACGUUACAAACGUCUGAGACCUGGUCCACUUUGUUGUCUCCUCCAACGUUGAGGAGAUACCGUGAUGUACUAUUGCAUACUAUUAAAAGUAGCGUGAAACCCAA